AUGAAUAUCUUCAUCCUUCACACAUCAUCGAAUCAUGUUCUCAUCCACAAGACUAUGGUUCCGGCAACUGCACGCCCUGAUAAGGAAAAUCUUCCUGAUUACACUGGUCAAGCACUGGCUCUCAACACUCCUCCGAGCUCUCCUCAUCCCCGUCCUGAUUCUCGUUCUAGUCCUUCAAAUCCAGAACUUCACAGGCGAUGGAAGCAGGGCUCGAACGCGGGAUCUGAUGUUGCUGGGGUUAUUGACAAGAUUAGAAGUGGUCUGAAGGGGAGUGUUGAAGUUGCUGACACUGAAGCUGAUUUACGAAAGCGAUGCCCGACGAGUCUGAGCGGUGUAACAAACUGUUACGCUGCCAUUAUCUUCAACGAUUCGCCGUUGAACAAGGCAGGGAAUAAGACAUGGAGUUACACCAUCAGGGUUAGUUCAGCACGGGCAUCAACCAAAUUCGACAUCACUACGCCUUCGAAGAACCACUACGCACCGCUACAACUCGCCGUCGAGAAUGCCAUUACAAACACUACCACGGCCCCGAAUAACUACAUGUUUACACGGAUAACACAAGAUGAAGCUGCCGAGUUGAAGCGUCGUAACUUUGCGGCGACCAUCGUCGGUGGUUUCGGAAUCGUGUGUUUUCUGAGUAUGAUUUCGUCGGUGUUUCAUAUUAUUGGCAUGAUAUCGACUGAGAGGGAGGCAGGGAUGGCGCAGUUGAUUGAUGUGAUGACAGGUGGUGCUGCGUCGGCGAGGGUGUUGAGUUAUCUUAUUGCUUUUGAUAUCAUCUACUUGCCGAGUUGGAUCAUCUUCGGCGCCUUGUACGCAUCCCUUCUCGUCCCGACCUCGAACGCUGGCAUAAUUAUUCUCUGGCAGAUCCUCUCCGGCCUAUCCCUCACAAGCAUGAGUGUCUUCGCAGCCACCAUCAACAUCCGAUAUACCGCCAUCUCCAUGGUCAUCGUCCUAAUGCUUCUCGCCACCCUCUGCGAAAUCCUCGACUCGAAACCCGAAAACGUUCCCGCGCUUAUCGUUUUAAUCCUAUCUGCCAUCUUCCCGAGCUCGAGCUACAUCUUCUUCCUGAACCAACUCUGCCGAAACGAAGCGCAAGGUCUCGCAACAAAUAUCUCGAAACCAGCUCCCCAUGAGCCUCGAAUCUAUGAAGUCACAGUAUCCAUGCUUUGGGGGCUGUUACUUCUCACCAUAGUCUUCUAUCCCUUGCUAGCUAUACUUAUUGAGAAGUGCUCUCAUGGGGUUAGCAACAAGGGCAGAAAGUUCACAAGCACCAAUGGAACGACCGAGUCUUCAACAGCCCUUGAGAUUGUCGACCUCACAAAAACUUACAACCCUUCCCUCUGGAGACGGUGCUGCCGAAGAGCUCGUCCAACGAUAGCUGUUAACUCACUCAGCUUUUCCAUGCAGAGGAAGCAAGUCUUAUGUCUCCUCGGCAUCAAUGGAUCUGGCAAGACAACAACACUGGGUUUGAUCGCUGGUACACAAAAGCUCACAAGUGGCUCGAUAAAUGUCAAUGCCCCUCGUUCGAACCUCGGUAUCUGCCCUCAACGCAACAUCCACUGGCCCGAGCUCUCAGUCCUCGAACACGGCAGACUAUGGGCCAUGAUGAAAGGCGGAGCAACAGACCCUCAGUCCCUAGAGACUCUCGUCGAAUCCUGCGAUCUAUCCCUAAAGAAGCACAGUCCUGUCGGUACACUGAGCGGAGGUCAGAUGAGAAAGGUCCAAAUGCUAUGCAUGUUAGCAGGGGGCAGUUCAAUCUGUCUCAUGGACGAAGUAACCACCGGCAUGGACCCUGUCUCUCGAAGAGCAAUGUGGAACAUCAUCCUCGCCGAACGUCAAAAACGAAGCCUCAUCCUCACGACCCAUUUCCUUGACGAAUGCGAAGUUUUAGCCGAUAAAGUCGUCAUCGUAUCACACGGCCACGUCAAGUGUCAGGGUUCAACAGCAGCAUUAAAGAAUCUCCAUGGAGGAGGUUAUCGAGUCCAUUUACCCGGAGUUCAGAAUCCACCAGAAACACCAUAUGCUACGACUGUACAUCAAGGGCAGACUGUUUUCAAUACUCCAGAUUCGACAUCUGCUGCACAGCUUUUGACGUCUCUACAAGCAGCGGGAUACUCUGAUACGUCAUUGAAUGGACCUACUAUGGAAGAUGUCUUCCUCAAGGUCGCAGAUGAAGGUGAUGACGAUGAGGUUGGAACUUCUGACCGGAGUCCUUUUCUUGAAGGUAACGAAGCACCAGACAGUCAACUUAGUUCAGGAAACCACGCCUCAUUCUUCCAACAACUCUCAGCUCUCCUCCUCAAGCGCCUUCUGGUUCUUAAGAGAGGAUUCUGGUGGUACAUCCUCGCUCUCGCAAUCCCACUAAUCUUCACACCGGUCUUCAGCGCCAUGGCCAACGAUCCCACUCCCUUCCAACCGACACCCUGUGUAUCAACCGACUCAUCCAUCCUCGACGAACCAUGGCCCAUUGCUCUUCGUCCAGAUAGCUACUAUGACCUCGCAGGUUCCGAUAAUAUCUCCAUGCUCGUUGGUCCAAGCUCUCUCAACAAGACUCUCUUUCGCUCGUUGUCAAAGUUUCCUGUUGGGAAGGAAUAUGACAUGAAGGCCUACCAAGAUCAGUUCAAGUUUCAAGAUGACUAUGAUGCUUUCUUGAAACAAGUUCGUGAUAAGCCGAGACAGCUUGUACCCGGAGCGUUGUACAUGAAUGGGAAGGAUAAAGAUACGCUUGCGUACAACGCUGAGCAUGGGCCUGAUGGAUCGAUGUUGAUGUUGAAUAUGUGGAGUCAGCUGAAGAUUGAAACUCCAAUUUCACUUUCUUUUGCAUACUUCAGCUCUUCGAUACCAUCUGACCCUGGCCCUGGCAUGUUUCUCGCUAUCCUACUCACCGUCUUGCAUGUCCUCUACCCAGCCUUCUUCGCUCUAUACCCCGCGUACGAACGACUUCGAAAGAUUCGAACCCUACAAUACUCCAACUCGAUCCAACCUCUUGCACUAUGGACAUCUCACAUCAUCGUCGACAUAGUCUUUGUCCUUAUUAUAUCCUGUCUCUCUACCUUAUUUAUCUCAUUGAUCAUUCUCAAAUGGUACGGAGCCUGGCAUCUCUUCCCUGUCAUGCUUCUAUAUGGCUUUGCGAUGAUGCUCUGGUGUUACAUCAUUUCUCUUUUUGCUCGAUCAGAACUCUCUUCCUUCGGUAUAUCCUUUUGCAUCUCGCUUUUGAUGUUUGGCAUCUCCGUCGCAGGACUUAUGAUUGCCUCUGUCAACCAAAGCCCAGGCAAUAGGUCUUCCUCCAUGGACACAGCGGUUUUCAUCCUUGGCCUCAUCUUCCCAGUCGCCAACCUCUUCCGCGCCAUGGUCGUCGGCCUCAACGUCUGGGCCGCGGGAUGUCGCGGUGAUGCAGUGAUAAGUUAUCCAGGCAACAUCCACGCCUACGGCGGCCCAAUUCUUCUCCUCUGUAUUCAGGUGGCGUAUCUAUAUGCUAUUCUACUGUUACUUGACGGAAGAACAUGGACUCUUCGAAGUUUGUGGGCAGAGCAUAUCGUGCCGCUGUAUGAUCGGAAGAGGAUCGACGGGAAAGAUGCUCACAUUGAGAUGGCGCCGGUGACAAAGUCUCGCGGCAUGAGUGGGAACUUGGUCGACGUUGAUCAGAUUCAUAAGUCUUUUGGUGGUAAUGUUGCUGUUGAUGGUGUCUCUCUCACGAUGGCAAAGGGAGAGCUACUUGGACCCAACGGCGCUGGUAAGACGACUACCAUUAACAUGAUGCGAGGCGAGGUUCGCCCAGACUACGGCAACAUCUACAUCAAAGGUGUGGAUAUGCAGAAGGAUACCCGAGCUGGGCGACAGAGCAUCGGCUAUUGCCCACAGUUUGACGCAUUGGAUCAAAUCACCGUGCGCCAACAGCUUGCUUUCUACGCUCGCGUGAAGGGUAUCGCAGAUGUACAGAGGAACGUCAACUUGGUCAUGUCAAAGGUUGGACUGAGACCUCACGCCGAUAAGCUGACAUCUCGGUUAUCUGGCGGAAACAAGAGGAAGCUGAGCUUGGCUAUCGCGCUGCUAGGCAACCCACCGAUUCUCAUCCUGGACGAACCAAGUUCAGCGAUGGAUCCUAUAGCCAAGCGCGACAUGUGGGCUAUGCUCUCAUCCAUCUCCUCAAGUCGCUCAGUUCUGUUGACGACACAUUCGAUGGAAGAAGCAGAUAUGUUAGCAACCCGGGUCGCCAUCCUCUCCAAACGCAUCCUCGCCGCUGGCACAAUCCAAGAGCUUCGCAACAGGCACAGCAACUCCUACGAAGUACACUUGGUACUAGAAUCAGCACCAUCCUCUGACCAGCUGGAAAUGCAAAAGGCAGAAGCAUGGAUUUGCCAAACAUUCCCAGGCGCCAACUUUAGAGGGCUGAGCCUAGGUGGACAGUUUCGCUUCAGUAUUCCGGCGAAUAGCACUGCCGAUGAAGCUUUUGCUGCGUCGCAGAAUAGAAAAGGUCAGGUUGUCGAGGUGAUUGAGACUUUGGAGCAGCAUAAGAGGAGUAUGGGUGUGGCGCAUUAUACUGUUAGUAUGGGGACUUUGGAGAUGAUAUUCUUGAAGAUUAUUGAGGAGUAUAUUUUGUAUUAG